AAAGAUGUCGUCUACGUAGCGACCGUGUUUUUGUAUUAAAAUUAUAAUGAAAAUCAAUUAAAAUGACCGAGUUAUGGAGGGCAAAUGGUUUAUGCCGUUGCUGCCACGCAGAAGGCACCUUCAAGAGCCUAAGCGGAUCAUAUUCUGUAAAUGGAGUGGACGAAAUAUUGUCGACAAUGCUUCGCGAGACUUUCGAAGUGAAUAUAGCGCCUUUGCCAGGAGAGAUAGGAGUGAACACGUACAACAUCUGUCCGCUAUGCGAGCCGCGGCUGAGAGACGCAGCGCUCUUCAAGAGGCAAGUUGUGGCGUGCGAAGAGAAGUUCAUGAGGUAUUACGCCGGGUGCGGUGUUAAUGAUGGAGAAUCUUUUAUGAAGGGUGUAAAAUUAGAAGUAGGCAGUAUUUCAGAAGGUCCAAAAGAAGAAACUCUAUUUCCUGACGAAAAAGACAUUAAAUACAAUGAUGAAGACAAAGUACCCUCAAUGGAGAUCUUCAUCGAGACGGAUUUGGAAGACCAGCCGCUGUCUACCCUCGCAAACAAACGGAGGGCCAGUGAGGAUUCCUACAGGGAUUGGGAGCCGGGGCAGAGUGAUACGGAGGAAACACAAGAACAGAGCAAACAACGAAAGGCGAAGUCGAAAAAGUUCGCUUGCGACAUCUGCCAAAAGAAAUUCACUUACAACGGUUCUUUAGAAGUACACAUGAAGAUUCACACAGGAGAAAAAACCCAUUUGUGCCAAUUGUGCAACACAAAGUUUGUCAACAGCAAAGAUUUGACUAAACACAUAGAAAGCACACACUCGGACAACGGCAAAUAUGUCUGUACUAUUUGCAAUAAAACGUUUGACAAAACAAGGCUGUUGAAAAAACAUCUAAAAUCUCACUUCGAUGACAAAUUCAAAUGCAGUUAUUGCUCGAAAGAGUUCCAAAGAAAGAAAGGAUUAAAAGAACACUUAAAAACGCACACCGGCGAGAGAAAAUACAGCUGUGAAGUUUGUAACAAGUCGUUCGGGCAUAACCAAACGUUGAAAUCCCAUAUGCUCACCCACACCGGUGAACGGCCUUAUGUUUGUGAUGUGUGUGGAAGACGGUUCCCCCAAAGGACACACUUGAAAAGACACAUAAUAAUAAUACACACUGGAAUGAAACCGUAUUCCUGUAAAAUCUGUAACAAGCAGUUCUCGAGCAAAAGUUAUUUGGCAAUCCAUGAACGGACCCAUACGGGUGAACGACCGUUCUCAUGUGAGGUUUGCAAGAAGGAUUUCACAGCGUACACAACGUUGAAAGUGCAUAUGAGAGUGCAUACUGGUAUUAAACCGUAUACUUGCAGUUUUUGCAGCAGGCAGUUCGCUCAAAUGGCCAGUUUUAAAUUGCAUGAAAGGACUCAUACCGGUGAAAAACCGUUUUCAUGUAAAGUUUGUAAGAAACCGUUCUCUGAUAACGGUUACUUGAAGAUUCAUAUGCGAGUGCAUACGGGAGAGAAGCCCUAUCCUUGCGAGAUUUGUAAAAGAUGUUUCCGCGAAACCGGCCAGCUAAAACGCCACAUGCGAGUCCACACGGGCAUCAAACCUUACACCUGCAAGAUAUGCAACAAGCAAAUAGGAAAUCUAUCCAAACACAUGCGUGUGCACUCUGACGAACGGCCUUAUAAUUGUACUGUGUGUAAUAAACAGUUUUCUAUAAGUGGGAAUUUGAAAUUGCAUAUGAGGAUACAUACGGGGGAGAAACCGUUUUCGUGUGAGAUGUGCUGUAGCCAGUUUGCGCAGAGCAGUGCGUUGAAAAGGCAUAGGUGCAAUAGGCCUAGUGAUGGCUGAUUUGGGCGAGGGGAUGGCUGAUUUGGGCGAGGGAAUGGCUGAUCGAAAGAGAGAGGAUGGCUGAUUGAUAGCGAGAGAAUGGCGGACUGGAAGAGUCGAUGGCCGAUUAGGGCGAAAGGUUGGCUGAUAUCAGCGAAAGUAUUGUUCAUUGAAAGCGAGAAGAUGGCAGAUUGAAAGCAAUAAGAUGGCCGAUUGAAAGCGAGAGGAUGGAUGGCUGACUGAAAGCGAGAGGAUGCCUUAUUAGGGCUAGAGGAUGGCUGAUCGAAAGCGAAACCCGAUUGAAAUUGAGAGGAGAGCCGAUUGGAAGCGAACGGAUGGCUGAUUGAAAAGCAAGAAGAUGGCUGAUUGAAAGCAAGAGGAUGGCCGAUUGGAAGCGAGAUGAUAGAUGAUAUAAGCGUAAGAGUGGCCGAUUUGGAGCGAAAAAGGGCCAAUUAGGGCAAGAGGAUGGCUGAUUGGGAGCGAAAGUGGCAGAUUAUUAUCAGCGUAAGGAUGGCUGAUUGGGGAAAAAAGACAUCUGACUGACGAAAUUGGGUGAUAAAAAGCAAAAAAUUUAAAGGACUGCUUUUAAGUAAAAGGAUGGCUCGUUUACUUAAUAUUAAUAUGAGCUUCGCAAUUUUUUGGUACUUAUUUGAAAUCAGCUACUUAUACAAAUGUGCAUUUAUUUAUUUUUCAGUAUUAUUUAUUAAUUUAUUACAUCACAAAAGUAUUAUUUUGCAAGAUUUUUUAUUGUAUUCAAAUCGAUUUCAUAAUGUUAAGUAUUUUUUUAGACAAA